AUGCUUGAUGCUAUUAUAUGUAAACGUUGUGGUAUGGCUUAUUUUCCCCAUUCAGCUGAAGAUAAAGCAGCUCAUGCAAAAUAUCAUAAUUAUACAACCUCUGCUAUACGUUUACGUAAUCUUAAACAUCAACAUAUAUUACAACAAUUUCUUGAUGGAAGUAUUUAUAUGAUUGGUUGUACAUCACCAUCGACUGAACAAAAAAAAGCUGAACAUGUUAGAGAAUUAAUUGAUAAUGAAUUAGGAAUUACAACACCAUUUAAUUGUUUAUGGAGUGAAACAAAAGCAUAUUUUUAUAUUGAAGAUUGUACUGAUAUUGUUCUUGGUUAUUGUCUUGCACAUAUUGUUCAUCGAGUUCAUAUACUUGAUUUAAAUGAUGAAUCAAAUAUUGAUAAACAAACUGAAAUGAAUAAAAUGCUUUGUGGUAUAGCUCGUAUAUGGAUACAUCCUGAUCAUCGUCGAACUCGUAUUGCAACAAAAUUACUUGAUUGUGUUCGAACAAAUUUUUUCUUUGGUAUUGUUAUUAAACGUGUUGAUUUGGCUUUUUCGGCACCGACCGAUGAUGGACGUCAGUUUUUCAAGAAAUAUACACGAUCAAAUCGUUUAUUUAUCUAUUGA